AUCAAUCUCUUGUCCAUCGAGUAGUGGUUCCAUCUCUCAAUCCACUCGUCCCCAGCUUGAGUCUCGAUUUCUUCUGCCUUGUAAUCGACAGGUACUCCCUCUUCGUCUGAGGUCAUUUUCGAAGCUGCCUGGCGUGUGUUGCAUUCACACACACAAAACUAAGCCAUUAACCCCGCACUUGCACCACUUCUUCGAUCAUUCCUGCCCGUUGACCUUUAGUUCUUACCAUUGUCACCUUCAAUUUCAUCCACUUUUCCCUCCCCCGAAAAAUAUUUGCCACUGGGCGCAGGACAUCUUCGUCUUGAUAAAUACCCUCAACCCUUAGAGCUUGUGCUAUCUCGCUUCUCACCAUGACCAAACGCAAGCCACUUCCCUCUCGCGCUUAUGAUACCUUCCCCUCUGACUCUGCUUCUCAACCCCCCGGCCCAGACACUGAAACCCCAUCCACAACCUCAUACCACGGAGCAGACUCCGACAAGUCUAGGUCAGCAGCCGCAGAAGCCCGAAGACUUGGUUCAAUGGGAUCCUGGGGUGAUCGAUUUAGCGGAGGCACUCCCUCGACCGACCCAACUCCAGAUGUAUCCACCAUCGACGAAGAGGACAACGGCCUGCAGUCGGACGUCCGCUACCCACUCCCCCCCAAAGAUCAGGAUCAGGACCAGGAUCCUUCUGAUCCACCACCCAUGUACACUCCCGCCGCCACAUCCUCCACUGUACCUUCUCCGGAGAUCACCAGGGCGACCCUCGUGAACCACGAUCGAGUAAGACAUGUCCCAACCAGCACUUCCCCUUUGAUCCCACCACCUACACGCCAUUCUUCAGAGUACCUGUCCCCGGGCUCGACUGUAAGCGAAGACCGAGAUGACUAUCCCAUUGAUGAGCUUGACGAUCCUUAUGCCACAUCAUUGCCUGAGCCGGUCCAGCACGGCCACCGAGAGACCUCAACUGGAAGACCCAAGAGACAUGGCUCCUGGUGUGGGUCACGUCGUCGACGUCGCCAGGACUCCCCGUGCUCAACCAUGGAUCGCAAAGCCCGAGUGCGAAGAUUCAAGCGUUCUUGCUGCUUCGUUUUGACAGUUCUCGUGUGCCUGUGGCUGAUGAUACCAGGCUUGUGCAAGUCUUAUGCUGAUAAAUCCGGUGACACUGAAGUCCCCACUGUCGGCAACGCCGGACCAGGGCCUUCUACCAACGACACCUGGGGCCCUACCCGAGAAAUCGUCCACCGAGAGACCUCUCACUCCAUCACCGGCAGUUUCAAACUAUACGACCUGCUUGACCUCUCGACCAAAUCCGGCAGUAUCUCCAUCACGGUCGAAGUUCAACCAGGCGAGAAACCUGCCCAUAUGCGUCUCUCCACCAGCUCAGGCUCCAUCAACGUUCGAGUGGUGCAAUUUGAAGGCGCCGGACGCUGGCUUUCAUGGGCCAGUUCAAAAAUCGCCAAACCCGUGGAAGGAUUAAACAGCCUAGAUCGCAUGUUUGUUACCGAAAUAUCGACCAACUCGGGGAGUGUCAAUGGCAACGUGCUUCACGGUAACGGGGGCACCACAUCCAUCUCCACAUCUUCUGGCAGCAUCAAUCUUAGUUUCUAUGUCGUGGGGGUGUCGAGUGGGGAUCCCACGUCCAAAAUCACGACAAACUCGAAGAGCGGGUCUCAAAACAUAAAGGUUAUUCCGUAUGCCCGCUUCGCAGACUCUUACUCGGAGCAGGCCUCGACCUCGGCGAUCCGAGCCAUGCAAAACCUUCAUCGCAUAUCGGGCUCAGGCAGCAUCACUGUGAAAUACCCCAGCGAAUGGGAAGGCCGUCUUCACAUUGAACAGACGGGAUCCGGCAGCAUGAUGGCAGGCGGUGCUGGUUUGAACGUAGACAGGCGAGAGCCUAAAGAGUUGUGGGCUUGGAAGGGUGAAAGUCCAUCUGAUGCUCCCGUCGUAGAGAUCCGGGAGCUGGGGAGCGGGAGUAUUCACUUCCAGGUUUGACGAGGUCUCGAAGGCGGGAGGUUAACGAUAUUAAUGGCGUGGACGACUUGGAUAGUACUACAAAUGGUGUAAAGGUUUGGGUUUGAUAUCGGGAAUAAUUGAGGACUUGGGUGUCCACUAAGAUGUAAUAUACACGUGGACGCUGGUAGAUGACUAUCAUGAAAAGAUAUUUGAUGAGUCUGGAAUGCAACAUCUGCUGGCUGUUUCUCCAC